CUCUGAAGAAAUCGGUACGCGCUACCAACAUUUCGCUUGUUGGUCCAAAUAAAUGUUGUGCCCUUACGAACGGCGCGGAAUAGAAAAUUCCCUUGAAUGAAUAUAUAUUUAAUAGUACAAUUUUAAGUGCAUGCUUCAAUAUCAGGAAGUACAGUUUUAGUUCGAGCUGCGAUCGUUUCGCGGUAACCGCAUACGACCUUAAUAACUUUUAACAGUAGUGAUGUGUACAAUUUUAAAGUGAAAUUCACGUAUCUGGAUUAUAAAGACAAAAAGUUUCGAAAAGUUUCUGUAACUUAAAGUGAUCUUCUAUAACUUCAGCGUUCGUUAGAGGAAAUAGGAUUUGCAAGUACAAGAAACUAACGACAAGAUGAGUUUUAACAAGAACAAUCCCAACCCCAUGGGGAAAAUUAUGGGUUACUUAAAACAACUUUCCACCGAAAUGGGUGGAAGCGACCAAGGUCGGCGAGUUCAAAACGACGAGGAGCGACUUUACCGGACACGUGGUCCUAAGUACGCCAGGGUCCCAUCUAGGCCUACUCUCUCCGCUUCGACGACCUGCACAUCUCUAGCAACAUCUUGUGGCUCCCAGGGAACCCUUUCCCCCAACUACGCAACUAUACCAGAAAUUGUAUCAACUGAGAGCAGCAGUGAAGACGAACCGGACUCACUUGAAAAUACUCGCCGCCACUUUCAACAACUACGCCAAAUAAGUUUAGGAAACGAAUUCAAAUACAAGAUGGAAAUGGAAAUCCAGAGCGCAAAAGAGGAUAACUUGCGCAACUCUGUGCCAUAUGUAAAGCAGUUGAGUACGGAAAAUAACAAAACGAAAGCUGACUAUACAAUAAAUGGCGAUGGACCGACAUUUGGGGCUGCUCCUCAGGCCCUUUAUCUUUGGACUCAGGUAUUUGCUGCGAUUGCCGUAUCUAUGGGUUCAUUAAUCGUCGGGUUUACAUCUGGAUAUACCUCGCCCGCCCUACCUAGUAUGAACGCCACAUUAGCCAUCACAAAUGAAGAGAGCAGCUGGGUUGGCGGCCUAAUGCCCUUGGCAGCACUAAUUGGAGGUAUUGUGGGCGGUCCACUAAUAGAAUAUCUUGGACGGAAGAAAACAAUAAUUGGUAUUGCAAUACCGUUUUUCCUAGGCUGGAUGUUAAUUGCUACUGCUUUUAAUGUAUUUAUGGUACUUGCGGGUCGUGCAUUCUGUGGUAUAUGCGUCGGUAUAGGAAGCCUUGCUUUUCCCGUAUACCUGGGAGAAACGUUACAACCGGAAGUAAGAGGUGCCCUAGGGUUGCUUCCAACAGCUUUAGGAAACACUGGAAUCCUUCUGGCGUUCUUUUUUGGAACAUAUUUGAACUGGUCUCACUUAGCAUACUUAGGCGCAGCUCUACCAGUACCAUUUUUCCUGCUUAUGCUAGCUGCACCAGAAACGCCAAGAUGGUACUUCACAAAAGGCCGAGCUGAAGACGCACGAAAAGCUUUACAAUGGUUAAGAGGACGAAACACAAACAUCGAUAAGGAAUUGACAGCUCUUGCACUCUCGCAAGAGGAUUCAAACAGAUCUGGCGGAAAUGCGUUGGGCCUAAUAUUUUCAAGGAAGUAUAUGCGUUCAGUUUUAAUAGCCUUAGGUCUUAUGUUGUUCCAACAACUUAGUGGUAUCAACGCUGUAAUAUUCUAUGCUUCCACAAUAUUUAAAAUGGCUGGCAGUACUCUUGAUGAAAAUGUAUGCAGUAUAAUUAUCGGUGUUGUAAACUUUGUGUCUACAUUUAUUGCAACAGCCAUUAUUGACCGCUUAGGAAGAAAAAUGCUUUUAUAUAUUUCUUCGGUAUCAAUGAUUAUAACCUUAGUAACACUCGGAGCUUACUUUUAUGUGAGAGCUGUUGGAAUUGACCUCAGUGCAUACGGUUGGUUACCACUAGCUUGUCUCGUGAUUUAUGUUUUGGGAUUCUCAAUUGGAUUUGGACCUAUUCCGUGGUUAAUGUUGGGAGAAAUUUUGCCAUCAAAAAUUCGUGGUACAGCCGCUUCACUUGCGACAGGUUUCAACUGGACAUGUACAUUCAUUGUUACGAAAACAUUCCAUAAUAUUAUUGUUGUUAUAAAAAUGUAUGGUACAUUUUGGUUAUUUGCUGCUCUAUGUAUAGUUGGACUAUUUUUCGUUAUAUUUUUCGUACCAGAGACCAGAGGCAAAAGUUUGGAAGAGAUUGAGAAGAAAUUAACUGGUUCACGGAGAAUUCGGAUAAAUAGUAGCAAACAAACACAAAACGCGUGCUAGUAAAGGAUAAGUUAAAGGAAUGUUAAUGUUGAAUGAUUAUCCUGUGCUGUGUUAUAUUUUGUAAUAGGGACGAAAUUGAGUGGGCAUUUGCAGCAUACAACAUUAUGCUUGCGAGCGGCGUUUGAAGACUGAUAUGGAUUGUAUUUAGCUAAUAUUUGUAAAUAUAGUUAUUUAGAUGAAUAACUGUCAUAGUUCCUUUUGAUUUAUAAAAUUUGGUAAUAGGCUAAGUGUAGCUUAUAUCUAAACAAAUAAAUUAUAUGAAAAUAGCCCAGUACAUCAUGUAACGUACAAAUAAACUAAGUUAAUUCAUAGAAUAGGUAAAUCUUAGUGGCAUUAUUCACAUCAUGACAAUUAGUUUCGUAACCAAAUAAUGUAUUCUGUUUCAAAUACUAUGUAAGUAGUAAGUAAGUAGUCCGAAAAUCCAAAUCUCGCACUCUAGUCCAGAGCACUAUCAAGAACUGUACAGAUACAAGAUUCGAGUUUUGGUAUGAACUUUGAUGAACUUUGGUAUUUGAAACAGAUAAGCUGUAUGUUAAAUUAGUGUUUAGUGUAAUCUAUGGAUUAGUCCGUAGAAAAGUCUAAAGAAUCUUAUAUCUGACUCCGUAUAUUACAGAGGCAAUAUUUAUUUGUUAUAUUUUAAUAAAAUAUUUGGUACUAAA